AGGAGCAGCAUUUUCAUAUGAUUUUUGAUGCUGCCAAGCAGGCUGGCUGGCACAGACCACCUUUGACACGCUGCGACCAUAUGGGAUUCGGAGUUGUGCAAGGGGAGGACAAGAAGAAGUUCAAAACAAGGUCCGGAGAGACUGUCAAGCUUGGUGACCUCCUGAAUGAGGCUGUGCAGCGAGCCGCUUUGGAGAUCAACAAGAGGGUGGAGGAGCAGCAAAAGGAUGGUGGUGAAGCAUUUCUGACAGAUUUGGAGGAACAGAAGGACGCAGCUCAAAAGAUUGGAAUAGCAGCCGUGCGAUACUUUGAUAUGAAGCAGAACAGGACCAGCAAUUAUGUGUUCAACUGGGGCAGGAUGUUGGAUGCCAAGGGCAAUUCAGCAGUAUUCCUCUUCUAUGCCUAUGCAAGGAUUCGAUCCAUUCAGCGCAAAGCGGGCAUCGAGAUUGGCAGCAUUGACCAAAAUCGUUUGGAGGUGAAACAUCCGGCUGAAAGAGAUCUUGCGCUGAAGUUGCUUCAGUUCCCAGACGUCAUUGAGGCGAUUUUGGCCGAUUUGCAUUUGCACCACCUCACUG